GCAAAAGUGUAAAAACACCAUAAAACAUUUUUAGUACUUUUUACAACAGCAUUUGAACGCGCUGCAGAAAUGUAUGCUCUCCAUUUUCCACCGGCUGCUGCAGUGGGAAUGUACUUAGAGCACAUGAAGGCAGCACAACAAGGAACAGGAAAUGAAACGUCUGUUGUGGACAAACACUUUGCUCCGAACAGACGAUCUUCUUCUCCCUAAAGCUUCAUUCCUGAGCCUGGACUCUAGUCUCCACCAUGGACAGCCUAGAGGAGGACCUGACGUGCUCCGUGUGCUACUCUCUGUUUUCUGACCCGCGAGUCCUGCCGUGCUCGCACACCUUUUGUAAGACCUGCCUGGACAACUUGCUCCAGGUGUCAGUCAACUAUUCCAUCUGGCGUCCGCUCCGCCUGCCGCUAAAAUGCCCCAACUGUCGCAGCGUGGUGGAGCUGCCCCCGACGGGCAUAGACGCCCUGCCCACCAACGUGUCUCUGCGGGCAAUCAUCGAGAAAUACCAGAGGGACAGCGAGCCGCGACCCCCUUCCUGUCAGGAGCACCACAGGCAGCCUCUGAACAUGUACUGCAUCCAGGAUCGGCAGCUGAUCUGCGGGCUGUGUCUGACUGUCGGGCAGCACCAGGGCCACCCCAUAGAUGACCUGCAGGCGGCCUUCAUCAGAGAAAAACAGACCCCGUCGCAGCUGCUGGCCAGACUCUCUGAGCGUAGAUGGACACAGGUGUGUGAGCUGGGGGAGCAGCUGGAGCAGGAGAAGGCCCGCUGCGAGGGCCUGGUGAGACAGGACCGACAGGAGGUCAGUCAGUUUUUUCAGAGGCUGGAGGUGGUGCUGGCCAGGAAGAGACAGGCCUGCCUGGAGGCCCUGGAUAAAGCCGGUGCCGAGGUGUCCCGAGCCUACAACCCGCUCAUCGACAGAGUAAAAGAGCUGCAGGAAGAACAGCUGGACCUCGUGUCCUUGGGUUCCUCAGUAGAGGAGGAAGACUCGCCGCUGAUUUUCCUGGAGAAGGUGCAUUUGUUCAGAGAGAGGGUGGAGCAGUUUAUUACAACCCCUCUGCCCUCAGUGAUAAACCUCUCCGUCACCCCGCGGGCAGAAGAGUACCUCCAGCAGCACUGGCCUACCGUGACCAUCGGGAGCCUUGAGGAAGCGCCCGUGCCGAAGGUGUGCUGCUGCAGCAGAUGCGGCGUGGAAGCUGAAGCCGGGAGGGAUCAGCCCGACUGCCGGGUGCAGGACCUGUGGUACGAGCUGCAGCCGACUUCCUCUGUGGUGCUGCUGGGGCUGCUGCUGCUGCUGGCGGCGCUGUGGGUCAACCCGGUCGGAGGGGCGUCACUCGGUUUCUCUCUGGUCUCCCGCUUCAGUCAGUUAGUCCACGGCCUGAGCAGCGAACUGAUCACAUCUGUCUGGGACACAGCGGGGUCAGCAUACACAGUGAUGGAGGUGGCUGUGGAAAGAUGGAGCUCUCACUUCUCCUCAGUGGGCGAGAAGGCCUUCCAGCAGCUGGCUGCAUUUCUCAAAACUCUGACAUCGCACUGAAAGAGACCGGGCUGGUCUUAACUUUGGUUUAGAAGCUGAGAAAGUCUCUCUUCCUCCACUCUUCCUAUUCCUGCACUAGAGGAGAGAAUCAACCAUAAUAUCCCAUUUAAGCACCUGCUGUUUAAGAUUUUGCAGGUCCUGGGUCUGUUUUAAAAUAUCAAGUCUGAUAGUAAAAACAUAUUUAACAAGUCAAAACAGUGAAAAUCAGAUUUUGCUGUUCUUUUUAGAUUCAGACCAACAUUGAACCUUAGGUGAUGACACUAAAUAGACCACAAUGCAUUGCAGGUGCUUUUCUUACACUCCUUUGUUUUUGUUAAUGUUUCACCACUCCCACAGUCAUCCUGGAAAAUGAAUGAUAGUUAUAAAAUUUAAUAUAACAAAAAUGUAAUUUAAUGUAAUUUAAUACUGAUCCCUCUAUAUGAGCUGCAUAAGCAAACGAGAUGGUCGGUGAAAAGAUUAUUUCCAUGUAGUAACUCUUAAUGUUGGUUUGUAGUUGCUUUAGAUGUGUACAACUAAAAACAGUCGAAAUAACUUUAUCAGAAAAAAUAUCCUUUAAAUGCAUUAACCAUGACAUGGGGAUAAUGUUCAUUGAAGGAUUUUCUCUUUAGUUUCACCUCAGAUUCCCAGGGCGUCCUGCGCAGACCUGGGCAAAAGCACAGGACAUGACUCUAAUUUUCUAUGCCUGCAAACUGCACAGAAAAAUACAGUUUGUCAAGCCUUUAAAAAAACUUGAGCCGUUUCUGUAGCUAUAAAUCUUUUUAUAUACUGAAUGGUGUUAUUAUCAUGUAUGUGCCUCUUUGGGGCGUAUUAUUCUAGGUUAUGGUCGUACUGCCUAACUCGUAAAACAUUUAUCAUAUCAAACGCCAAUAAAACAUUUCUGACAUAGAUUCAGGUUUGCAAAAAGCCACGAGGAAAGGUGUUCUGUAUGGAGAUAUUAAACAGGUGCCUAGAGACUCUUAAAUCACCUUUCCCAUCACGCAGUGGGCCUUUUCGGUAGCUUUCCCGUCGUGUCAGAGAGCUCAGGACUGCAGUACAGCUGCACAUGUAUCUCCUUACACGAGACUGUUUACAGCAUGUGGACUUUCGUGGCUGGUGAGUGGAACCAGACACAGUGGACCUGAAGUCCACGGAUCAUGUUGCAGUGAUGCACAGCUCUGAGUGGCUCCCUUGCUGUGCCUUUAACCAUCACGCCUUUACCUCGCCUCACGCAAUAGCCUUAUUGUUGUGGACUGUAAUUCCACCAGGAUCAAUAGGUCUGGCUACAAUGCUAUUUUUACUGAGAUGGUGCACUUACAAUCUAUUUUAAAGCUUAUUAUAGCCUUUGGGAAAGCUUUACCAGUGCAUCCCACAAACGUUUCUUUAUUUGAGUCAAGCAGACUUUAGCAGGACUGAAACACUAACAUGAGUAUCUAUCACAUGACAAUAGGCUGCAUUCCUACAUAUUAUGUAGUUAUGAUAUCACAGACAAAUGGCAUUUUGAUUAACAUGUUUGCAGUUUAUAAGAAAUGUUGUUGCCCAGACCUGUUUGUUGUGGUUGUAUUUUUCUAAUCUGUGUUUUUUUUAAGUGUCAUAAUAAAUUUGUUCAAAUACUUUUA